GGGAGGGAACGAGGGAAGAGGAGAGGAAGAGGAGGAAAGAAACAGUCCCUGUGGACCUGGAGGGAUAAACACAGAAGCCAGGAGCCAUGAGUAUCAGACUGGAGAGCGAGCAGAUAUGGAUUCCGAAAGUGAUUAAGAAGAAGAUAUGCUCCGCUUUCCUGGAGGACACAGACAGUCACAGCGGGCAGUCGCUGUGCCAGUGCGGCUAUGCCAAGCGCUGCCACGGCUCGGUGGCCACGGAGGACAACUUUGGGGCCGCGGUGGUCAGCCACUGGAACACAGCCGAGCACACCACGGAGGUGCCCACCGAUGCCUUCGGGGACCUGCAUUUCGUGGGCACGCAGAGGAGAGCCAGCAAGUUUCUCCGGCUUUCCACGGAGACGGAUCCCGGUAUCAUCUACUCGCUGAUCACUCACCACUGGAAGAUCCCGGCCCCCAACUUGGUGGUGUCGGUGUUGGGGGGAGAGGGAGACUUCAGGAUGAAGACGUGGCUGAAGGACAUUCUCCGCAAAGGACUGGUCAAAGCCGGCGCAGAUACAGGGGCCUGGAUCAUGACGAGUGGGCUGCGGGUGGGGAUCGGGAGGUACGUGGGAGAGGCGGUGCGGGAUCAUGCCACGGCCAGUACCCAGACCGUCACCAAGGUGGUGGCGAUGGGCAUUGCCCCCUGGGGGCUGGUACACAACAACAGCCAACUGGUCAACGCCAAGGGCUGUUUCCCCGCGCGCUAUGUGGUGAGCAGCGCUGAGGACUCUCUCUACGCUCUGGACGAUAACUACUCGGCUUUCCUGUUGGUGGACGAUGGCACCAACGGACGGAUCGGCGGAGAGAUGAGGUUCCGCGCCCGACUGGAGGAGCACAUCUCCACCCAGAAAACAGGGGUCGGGGGGAGGUGUAGCAUUGAGAUCCCAGUGCUGUGUUUGCUGAUACAAGGACAGCCUUAUAUGUUGGAGAGGAUUUACAAAGCCACCCAGAAUAACGUCCCGUGGUUGGUUCUGGCCGGAUCGGGCGGGAUCGCCGAUGUCUUGGCCGAGAUCCUUCAGAUGUCCUUCACGUCCGAGACCCUGAAGAAGGAGGUGGAGAAGCUCAUCCGGAAACAUUUCCCUUCGGAAGACCUGGCGAGGCUGGUGGAACUGGUUGAGAAGGUGGUUGAGAAUAAGGACUUGGUGUACGUAUACAAUGCAGACCAGGAGGGGAUGGAGGAGUUUGAUACAGUCAUCCUGAAGGCGUUGGUCAAAGCCCACAAGAAGCACAGCAGUGAUGUGAAGGUUUAUCUGGAUGAGCUGAAGUUGGCUGUGGCCUGGAAUCGGGUGGACAUCGCUAAGAGCGAACUGUUCACUGGAGAGAUCUCCUGGAAGUCUAGUGACCUCGAGGAUCCUCUAACAGAUGCCCUGGUGAAUAACAAGCCCGAGUUUGUCAAGCUCUUCACUGGCAAUGGGCUGAACGUGACCGAUUACCUGAGUUACCGGCGGCUCGAGGAGUUGUACAGCUCUGUGCCCACCAACUCGCUGCUCAACUGUCUGCUGCAGAAGAAGCUGGUGGAGAGGAGGGGGCUGGCUGGCAAGCUGCUCACCCGCCCAAGGGCAGGGGACGGGCACUGCGGUUAUACACUGUACGAGGUCUCCAAGGUCCUGUGUGAUCUCCUGGGCGAUUUCUGCCAACCCAUCUACGAGGAAUCCUUACACCUCUCCAAGGUUUACAGCAACCGGCGGAAAGCAGGGGAGAUGCUGAAGACUAGGCAGUUUGAGUACCAGGCGAGGAGUUCAACGGCCCCAUGGACUGACCUCCUGGUCUGGGCUCUCCUUCAAAACCGCCCAGAGAUGGCUGUUUGCUUCUGGGAGCUGAGCGGCGAGUCGGUCUCCUCCGGCCUUGUGGCCUCUCGCAUCCUGAAGGAAAUGGCACGGCAGGAGAUGGAGGCCGAGGGAGCCCAGACCAUGAAGGAACUGGCCGCAAAGUUUGAGCAGCUGUCGCUCGACGUAUUUAAGGAGUGUUACCUGCACAGUGAGAGGAGAGCGUUCACCCUGCUGGUGCGUCGAUGCCCGGUCUGGGGAUACGCCACCUGCCUGCAGCUUGCCACCGCCGCCGAUGCCCGCGGCUUCCUCGCCUACGAUGGUGUCCAGGGCCUUUUGAACCAGAUCUGGUGGGGGGAAAUGGACAGGAGGACUGAUAUCUGGAGGCUGGUGCUCACCUUCUUUUGUCCCCCACUGUUAUAUACCAAACUCAUCAAAUUCAGUGAUAUCAAAGAGGAAACAGAGACACAGAUCCCCGAGUUUGAGUUGGACAGUGUUGACGGUGACCUCCUGCUCUUGGGGGAGGGAGAGGAGUGGGAGAAUUCCGGAGACUGGGAAAGGCCGGAGACCGGGAAGAAUGUUCCCAGGAAGAGUUGCUCGAGACCGUUUUGGAUGAAGCGUUGGAAGCAGUUCUGGGGAGCUCCAGUCACCUCCUUCCUCGGCAACGUGCUGAUGUACUUCACCUUCCUCUUCCUCUUUGCCUACAUACUCCUGGUGGAGGUCAGGGGGGAGCCCUCCCCCUCCCCAGGACCAUCCCUAGCCCCCACCUCCAAACCUGCUCUCCUCCUCUACUUCUGGGUCUUCACAUUGCUGUGUGAGGAGAUACGGCAGGGUUUGUUUGUGGGGGAGAGCGUGUCGGUGGGGAGGAAGGUGAGACGAUACCUGCAGGAUGUGUGGAACAGGUGUGAUCUGCUCGCUUUGCUACUCUUCAUCACUGGCCUCGCCCUCAGGAUGCACAAACCAACACACGAGGCCGGGCGGGUGGUGCUGUGUGUGGACUACAUGGUCUUUGCUCUGAGGCUCAUACACAUCUUUGCGGUCCACAAGGAACUGGGACCCAAGAUCAUCAUCGUGGGCAAGAUGGUGAGUGACGUUGGCCUUCCUCAACCUGUUGGGUAA